CAUACAUAACCUGGCCUCCAUCCUGGCACCAUUACGUCAACUCUUAAAAUAAGAGUCGGCCUCGGAAAUGGUCACAUCAACAAGCCAUAGUUUUCAAGAAGGUGAAGAAACAGCUAUCAUCCUCUCAGGUGUUGGCACACAAUGAUCCCAAGCGAGAUCUGACACUGACUUGCGAAACCUCCCUGUAGGGCAGCGGGUUGUAUUAACUCGUGGGUGGCUCAGUGGAGUGGUACACCCAAUCGUGUAUGCGUCCACGACUUCAGCUAAUGCCAGAGGUAGAUACGCACAGGUAGGUAGGUAAGAUUGGGUGGUCAUAUUUGGAGUCGGGAAGUCCUACCUUUGUUGACGUGGGAGGGGGAAGCUGGGGGGCGGGGUGUGUCCAAGUACUGGAGUUGGGGACGCUCGCUCGAUGCCCCGCCCUUCAACCCGGAGCACUCUCAACCGCCAUUCCGUCAUGGCAUUCGGCAAGGUGCCCUGGAUUCUUGCGGCUUUUUGGUUGCACCUCCUCCCGUACGAGCCUGCCUUCGGCACUCUCGUCUCCAUCACCGAUCCGACCUUCAUCCAGGAUUGCGUCGACCAGCACAACAAAUUUCGUGGGGAAGUGGUACCGCCGGCCAAGGAAAUGUUCGCGAUGACGUGGGAUGAAGCACUUGCAAAAUCUGCAAAAGCAUGGUCAAAAAUGUGCCUGUUCAAGCAUAAUCCAAACCUGCAAAAGAAGGGAACAGUGCAUCCCACAUUCUUUCCUAUAGGAGAAAACAUUUAUAUUUCCACAGGCAAUUUCAAUGCCAAGAAUGCUAUUAAGCGAUGGUAUGCUGAAGUGGCUGACUAUGAUUACAGUACAAAUAGCUGUAAACCAAAAAAAGUAUGUGGACAUUACACACAGGUCGUAUGGGCAAAUUCUUAUAAAGUUGGAUGUGCAGUUUCUGAUUGUCCCAAAGGAAUUAAAUCUUCUGGAUUUAAAGGACCGGGUUUAGUUUUUGUCUGUAACUAUGCACCAGCUGGAAAUUAUAUUGGGGCUUUACCAUAUUCGUCAGGCACUUCUUGUGAAACAUGCGCUGACAAUUGCCGUGAUAAAUUAUGCAGAGAUGUAAAGCGGGAUGCUAUCAGAAAUCUUCUCUUCACCUUUUCGCAGAAUACCCUAACUGGAAUCCAAACUUUGGAUCAGCCUCGAUUUUCUCCUGUAACCAGCUGCUGCUAUUUACCUCUAUUAUUGUGAUAUAUGUUCUGCAGUAACUGCCUAAAUUUCAGGGAUUUUUUUUAACCCAGAUUUAGGCUGAAUGGAUAUAAAGUUCUGUGUUGCAUAUCCUCAUUGUCGCUUUCUGUCCAACAGAUUCACAAGUAAUGAUUUCAUUGCAGUUUUCUGGUCAAUUUCCAAGCUGGAAUACCUGCCUUUUGCAAAGCUUUCUGUGUAGUGGACUACUUGAAUAAGAGAGCCUAUUUGAAUGAUAGGCAGAACUAUUCAGAAGUGUUUCUAUAAAUUUAGUGACCUUUAUCUGCUCAAUUGUUUUGAGUUGCCCAGAGCAGUCAAGAACUUUCUUACUUUGAAUAAUUAGUAUUUAGCUCACUAAGUCAGAAUCUCUUCCUAAACUUACUUCAAAUAUAUCAUUGUUUUGUGGUGGAAAAAGUUUGUUAAAUAUUCUUGUAAACCUACUUGUACUAUAAGGAAUGCAGGUUUGAUUUUUUUCCAUGUAGUUUUCUGCCACCUUGUGAAGUUGAAUUGCCAAAAAAAGAAAAUUUAUUCCAGUUCAUCACUGUAUUACAGAGAACAUUUAUAAGAAACCUUGCAUCCCUUAUGGAUUAUAAUUUAUGGCAGAUUUUUGUUUAUUGUUAGCUAAAUAUCGAGUUCCAAUUAGUAUAACUACUGAUGAACUCAAUAUCAAACAAACAUGAAUAUCAAAACUUCUGUGUGUUCUUUUUCCAAUUAGCAGUUUAAGUGAUUUGUCAGGUUUUCUUUCAGUCUGUUUAAAAACAAUUAUGGUGAUUUUGCCUUUUUUUUCAGGUAUGUGUAGUACCAGCUGGCACAGCAUGCGUUACCAAACCAUUUAAAUAGUGAGGUGUGCCAUGUUUGUUACUACUCUUGAGUUCCUUUUUACUAUUGCAAUAGGAUUUCAGUUGACAGAACAAAAAAUAGAAAAUAUUUGAAAUAUUCAGCAAAUUAAGCAAUUCAGUGAAGGAAAGAAAAAUAUUGACUUUUCAUGCUGAGUAUUUUCAGCAUUUUCUGUUUCUAUCUCAGAUUUCCUGAAUCCAUAGUGUUAAAACAUAAUUAAUCCAUAGUAGUUGCAGUUUUAAAGCACUAAAAAUAAAUGAGGGGAGAUUUGUGACCGCCAUAUUUUUUGUAUGAACAGUGAUAUGAUUUAAUCCCUUUGCAUACUGAAAACAAGCAACCCUGAAGGUAUACAUAACGUAUAAAAAUAUUAUUUUGUGCAAUUAUGAUAUAACAGCAUUAAACACCAUGCUGGCAACUUACAUGAAAUAGUGUCACAUGAGAACUGAAAUAUCAGUUGUGAGUUUCUCGCAUGAAGUGGGGAGGAGAGGUUUCCUUAACUAGUUUUUGUGAAGGAUGUCUAUUUUGAAUUUCAACAAAAGAUUUUAAAAAUUCCUGUUGUCCUUUUAAAUUAAGCGGAUAAGACAAAUACUUACUGUAACUCUUCUGCAGUUAAAAUGGUUUUCUCAAUGAAAGGGGCACUUUAGUGUGAAUCUCUAAAAACAUUCCUCUAUCCACCCACAUCCCCACCCUGGCCUUUUAAUCAAUCGAGAGGGCAGGGUAGUAUAAUAUAUACUGGCAUAUUGCAAUGGGAAUCCUUUUGCUUUUCUUAUUCAGCACUUACACAGUUUCAAAAUAAGAAAUUGCAUAGUUACCUCAUGGAAACCUUCAAAUGAAAUAUACUAGCAAGUAUAGGAGGAAUUGACUUGAUCUAUGCAGAUUCAAAAGUUCUGAUCAAUGAAAUAUUUAUUUAAAUGAAUUGUUUCCUUACAUUAUUUCCUAUACUAAAAUUGUAUUUUACAGUGGGUGAUAAAUUUUGGAAAUAAUUUCUGAAGUACUGGUGGCAGUGUUAAUUUUGUUGGUGUAAAAUAGGAGUUAUUGAAUUGGUCAUCUGUUAUAUGUUUCUCCCAAAAACUAGGAGAAGUAUAGGCAGAAAUGAAAAUUAGGUGCAUUAUAAACCGAAUCCAGUAUCAUCCAUUUUACUGAAUGUUAAAAUGACCUUGCGUCUGUACAUUUUACAGCUCCAUCUAAAAUAACUUGUGUUUGACAUUUACUGUGUUUUAGGUUAUUUUGUAUAGGAUUAAAAACAUACUUAUUUACUUAGGAAGAUAAAAUUAUCUGUUUUUGGAGUCUGCAGAUAGAUACUUAAGUCAGAAAAUUCCCAGAAUUAAUUCUCUGUAAUGUAAAAUUCAGUGAUUGUAAAAU